AUGCAAUCAUUUCUCAGAUUUGGUCUUCUCGCCAUUGUCGCAACUCUUCUCCUCUUCUGUUUGACCUUUACCAAUGCUCAAGUGAGUUCCGCCUAUAAUGGUGCCUACGGAUAUCAAGGUGGAGCAGGACAAAAUUAUGGAGUGGCAGGUGGCAAUUACAAUUCCUAUGCUCAGAAUACUCAAGCAUAUAGUAAUCAAGUGAGUGCUGUGAACUAUCAACCCUACUCUGCCUAUGGUGCGAAUUAUGUUGGUCCAACUGCUUAUGGUUCAAAUUAUGGAGCUAAUUAUUACAUGCCUUUCUAUGGUGGAUUGGGUUAUGGUUAUGGUGCAGCUAUGCCUUUUUAUGGAGGAUAUGCAGCAGCCAUGCCUUUUUAUGGAGGAUAUGGUGGAUAUAGAUGGUGUUAA